AACUCCUCCCUCUCUGAGUGUUUAUUAAAACAUUCCAGUCAAGUUAGGGACACCGUAAGUUGGCCCCUCCUCACACACUCUCCUCCCGUCGACACGCAAACAAGGAAAAGGGUGACCUGUCCUCCCACAAAAUGAGGGUUUUUCUCAUCCUUGUCACUUUGACCUGCCUGGCUGACGCCCAGCAUCAAGCCCUGAUGGACUACCUGGAGCGGCGUCUGCUAGCCAUUGAGGACCGUAUCUCGCUAUGGCACGAGCAGACGAACCGCUACGCCACAGAGCUGCGGGAGUUCAAGCAGCAGAUGGUUGCCCAGAUUGAGACCCUUGACAAGGACAAGGAGACGCUGAGGACGGAUCUAGACAGCGUGGGGACGCGCGUGGACCGCGUGGAGCGCGAGAUGGACUACCUGGAGACACAGAACGGGGCGCAGCCCUGCGUGGACGUGGACGACAAGCUGGUGGAGCAGCAGGUGACUGUGGUGAAGGAGAAGAACAAGGCCAAGUACGCCAAGGCCACAGACUGCAGGGAUAUGAUCUCUAGCAUCAAAGCCAUGAAGAUUUUGAAGCGAGUCGGAGGCCCAAAGGGCAUGUGGACCAAAGAUGUGGGCAGUAACUCGGGCAAAGUCUAUAUCUUCAACGGCACAGACGAGGACACCAUCUAUGAGUUUGGCUCCAUCCGGGACUUCACCAUCUCCCAGGGCACGUCCAUGGCCAAGACCGUGAAGCUUCCGUCCCCUUGGCGAGGCAGCGGCCACACUGUCUACAACAACCACGCCUACUACGUGAAGGAAGGCAAGGAGCUUCGGCUGAUCAAGUACAACCUGCAGAAUGGCUCGGUGGCAGACAGCGCUGUGUUCCCCGUCCAGGACCAUGUCCCCGUGUACAGCCUGACUCCGGAGACGGUCAUUGACCUGGCCGCAGAUGAGGAGGGCCUCUGGGCCAUCUACGCCACCAAGGAGACUGAGAGGCACAUCUCUCUGGCCAAGAUGGAUGCCAACACGCUGGACAUCGAGCAGAUGUGGGACACGCCGUGCACGCGAGAGAACGCAGAGGCCGCCUUCAUCAUCUGCGGCACGGUGUAUGUGGUCUACAACACCGCGCUGCCCAGCCGCUCACGCGUCCAGUGCGUCUUUGACGUCAGUGAUAUGGUAACCAAUGACGAUGCACCUCUAGUGUACUUUCCCAAGCGCUACGGCUCUCACUCCAGCCUCAAGUACAACCCGCUGGAGCAGCUGAUCUACGCCUGGGAUGACGGCUACCAGAUCCUCUACAAACUGGCCAUGAAGAAGAAACUGGAGGUAUGAGCUCAGCAGCGCCGUCUAGUGUUGAGGUGGGUUUGAGAUUUCGCUCAUCUAUACCGAGUAAAAGCCCAGAAAUGUCUGUGUAGACAAAAAAUAAAACAUAUUUUCAGACUGUCAUAUUCAGUGGAAUGUUUUAAUCUUUUAUCUUCCCUGGAGCAAAGAUCAAUAACAUAGAUAUGUCCAAAGGUAUGAAAAUUACUAACAUGGUUUGUUCAACUUCGGCACAAGGUUUUGCAGCACUGUUCUGAAGGUAAUAUUGUAUUUCCUGUGUUAAUUACUGUCAGCAAAACAGUUCAGUGAUAUAAAAGCAUCCAUUUACUGUAGGUAUUGCUUGUUGUGAAAAAUUUCUAGGAUCAUCAAGAAAGAUCUAGGAGGGUGUGGAAUGGAGAAUCUGAAGUAAAUACAUGCAGCUGUAUGAUAUGUAUGUUUUCUGAAUAUCUCUCAGUUUAGCACUUCUGAAAACCACACAUUUUUACCUUUUUUCCUGGCUAUGCCUUUCUGUUGAAUAAAAAAAAUACUUGCAUUAAA